UGACCCUGCUUACAGGUAUGGGCUGGAUAAACAGGUAGACGCUCAGUUGGAAGUUGGACGUGGGACAGUUGGAGUUUAACAUUGUGACAACUGUACGUAAUGUUGGAACCAGACCAGUUGGACAGGCUAUUACCUGAGGAGACACCUACUACUGUGUGUUGAAGCUGAGCCCAACAAGUGUACAUCUUACAGCCAGAUUAGUGACGAGGUUUCUCACAGCAUCAUGAAGCAAUUCUACUUGACUGCUGUGGUUUUGUAUAUAACAGCAGGAUUGUACAGUGUAGCAUCUGUGCCAGCAGACUGUCCUCAACUGACAGCCAUUAUACCACAAUGUAACUGUGAAAGCAGUCUGGACCAAGCCACUGACAUAGUUAUCAACUGUCGUCGCAAAGGCCUCACUACCUUUCCAACCAUUAAUGGAUCUUACACUGGAUUAAUCUAUGAAUUCACACUGGCUUUUAACGACAUUGAGACAGUACCGGAUGAUGCUUUUCAAGGACUCCGCAUCAAGCGCCUGGAUUUGACCAGCAACAAGCUGUCCAACAUUUCGGAUGUGGCUUUCCGCAAUUUAGAAGCUGACCUCACAGUGCUGAAACUCAGUGGAGGUGUGAAUGGCAUGAGUGCACCAUUCACCGCCAUGGUCAACCUGGUCAACCUUCAAGAACUGACACUUGAAAAUUUCCUGAUUCAAAAUGGAGACUUAGAAAAUAGUAACUACUUCCAGCCCUUCUCUGCACUUCAGAAAUUGACUCUCAAAAACUGGAACCUGAAGUCAGUUGCCUCUACAGCCUUCACAGGCCUGACAAGCUUAAAAGAGCUGUACAUACAGCAACAACCAAAUCUCACAUCACUGCCUGUUGGAGCCAUCGACAUAAUGCAAGAUACAAUAGAAAAAUUGAGGUAUCGGACACGAAAAUUACAACAUUAUAUGCUUACAGUUUCCAAAAUAUGA